AUGAAUGGGGUUCCAUGUGAUCGCAAACCACUGAAAUGUAACUUUUAUAUUUUUGCAAAUUUUUUUCGUGCUUUUUAUAUAUAUAUGAAUGGUGCUAAACUACCCGAACCAGUGGUGAAAAUUGAGGUUUUGCAUAAACCCUUUGUCUGCUUUCAGAAGUCGAAAUAUGGAGACAUACUUCUUGUGCACUUUGAGGGAUUUCUGGAGAGCAAUGGCACCAUGUUUCAUUCCAGCUGUAACCACAGGGACAAGCAGCCAGUGUGGUUCAUCCUGGGGAUCUGAGAGUUGAUCAAGGGUUGGGAUAAGGGGCUGAAGAACAUGUGUCCAGGAGGGAGGAGGGAGCUCAUUAUCCCCCCAGCUCUGGCCUAUGGCAAAGAGGGAAAAGGUAAAAAUCCCCCUGAGAGGACGUUGAUCUUUGACAUUGAGAUCAUGGAGAUUCGGAACGGUCCCAGGUCCCAUGAGUCGUUCCAGGAAAUGGAUCUAAACGAUGACUGGAGGCUCUCCAAACCAGAUGUAGCCCAGUAUUUGAACCCAGAGUUUGAAAGACAUGGCUACCCUGCUAAUGACACGCGUCAUGAGGCGAUGGUGCAGGACUUAUUCAUAUCUUCUAGAGUCUACCUACAAACAUAA